AUGUCAGCAGGGGCAGAGUCCUCGUUCAGAAGCAGCCUCUCUGGCUUCAAGUGGGCCAAUGCUACCCCGGCGGCCGGCGGCGGCUCACUCAGCACGCCAGCAAACGGUCCGGGAGACUCAACGACAUGGAAUCCAUUCAGCACCUUCACUUCGUCACUGUCAAGCUAUGUUCCUUUGCGGUCAUCAGAGCGCACGAAUGAAGAAGAAGCCUUCCUUGCGCUCUCCAGAUGGGAACGUUUGAUCGGCUUCAUGGCAUGCAUGGCAGGCGCAUCCGUCUGCUUCACACUCUCCUUCUUCCUCGUCGCCUUUCUCGCCAUCAAACCGAGGAAAUUCGCCGUCAGCUUCAGCGCGGGCUCCUUACUAUUCAUGCUCGGGUUCAUGAUCCUCCAAGGACCAAUGAACUACCUCAAGUUUUUGCUGCAGACAGAGAGGCUGCCCUUCACAAUAGCAUAUCUGGGCAGUCUCGUCCUCACGCUCUACUUUGCAGUCGCUAGGCACGCAUUCCUGGGAACGCUGAUAUGUGCCAUCAUCCAAGUGGGCGCUCUCGUGAUAUUCCUGUUCAGCUACUUCCCAGGCGGAACUCAGACGAUCCUCUUCGGUGGAAGGAUAGCACUGCGAGGCGCGAGCAGCCUUCUUCCUGUAUGA